AUGAGAGAAGAAAAACAAACCACAACCACGAAUACCGACGAGAGCAGUACAGCUGCCGUUGCCAACGACAUCGAGUUUCAAGUCGCACCACAUCUUCUGCCAUCUGGACGUAACCCCAUAAUCGCCAUGGCAGCUUUACUCAGUUUCUUCGAAAGACGACUGGGGGAGGAACUACCUCUCAUACGCCCGCGUCUCAAUAAAGCCACAGCAGAAAAGUGCGAAGAUCGUCGUUACGCCCUUGAUCUGGUGCUCAAAGAGGGCGAUAUAUCCAUCAAUGGCAUCUCGACCCUGCAAUUCGCACAGUCGGUGCUCGACUACACCAACAGCGACCUGGACAUUUCUGGCUGGCUUUUGAACGACUUGAAAGUCACCACUCCCUUGGAGCUCGCAGAUGUGUUGUAUCCACGUUCAAAGUUUGUCCAGAGAGAUGGAGCAAGUCGUAUAAUAGAGCGCUCAGGGCUGCAGACACUUCAAGAGAUCUGCUCGAGAUUCUUUGACGAUCAUCCCACCUUGGCUGUUCAAGUCGUGCUACGCUCCGGGCAGUUUUCUUCCUUGUCCGAGACUGUGCAGAAAGUGGCCGAGUCAAUGAUUUCAUGCCUCGAGCGAGGAAAUAUGGGCAACGAUGAUGCACAGCUCAUGGAAGAGACCAGAUUUGCUCUCAUGAAAGGGGAGGCAGGGAUCCAGCCAUCAGAGACAGACCUCUAUGCGGCUUUGGCGUUCACCAAAUCGAUGAUUCUCCUAAGCCGAGUCGUGGAUGACCCAGAAGACCUGCCCUUCCUACACGAAGCGGGCAUUGCGUCGGUCCGGCAGAUUACGCAGCAGCUCAAGGGCAAAUUUGCGGAGCAGAUGGUGGCAAAGGGAAUGGAAAUGGGUAACGCGCUCAAGGUUCACGACUCUGCUGAGCGUGUGGACUGCUGGAACGAGCAGCUUUGGCUUUCAAUCAUGCAGUCAAGCAGAGAUGAUUGCUUGCCAAUUUCUACAGAGAGACCAAGCGCUCUCUCCGGUGGACAGCCAACAGGUCGAUCGUUGAGCAACCUGACGGAUAUCUUCAAACUGGAGGAGACCGACUGCGAAGAGUGUUGCUCUGUGACGGGCCUGUCGGCUUACCUGAGCGAUCUCCUCCUCCUGCUCCGCAACACGACCUUCAUCAACCGAACCCCCAAAUUACUUUCCGACGAAACACCCGCGGACAACUUACUUGACGUCCUUUUCGAGCGCAGACCGGAUAUUCGAAAGCUCGAGCUGACUUGCGCCAACUCACAAACUCUGCUGCCGUACAUCUCCUUGGUCAACGAGGUGCUGGAGUCCUACAUCCGGUCCGUCGCCCCGAAACCCAUUGCGCCGUCCGACAGGUUUGAAGACUCCAUUCGUGCAUAUCAAACUCCGACUGGCUUCGAAGAGGGUCAAGGACCUACCGGUGCUGGUCCUGCGACGCAAUAUCGCCCGGCCAACACCGAUUACCCCGUCUACCAGAAGCUAGUCUCCAAGGCCACAUACCCAUUCACGUGCUUCCCCUACGAUCUGGCAAGCAACAUUGAGGGCGCCGUCUUCGGGACCUACCAGCUCGAUUUCGUCCAUUUUCUGCGCAUCUUCCAGUCCCCUCAGCGCCUCCUUGACCUUGUUCCUCGCAGUCGGCGAGGCCCCCGUGGCGAUCGACUCGAUCGAGCUCUCCUCAGCGGUGCUAAAGCGACGCUCAAGCGUCGCCUCGCAGCAGAAACACUGGGACUCCAGCAAGCCGAGUACAGCACCAUAACCUCAGAAACGUUCUUCCCAGCCACGUUUGCUGAUCUUGCGAACGGUCUGUCCCAAGUACCUCUGAGCAUUGAUAAGGAAUGCCCCAAUGAUGUCGCUUCUCUCUGGGGCUUUGACGACGAGGCGACCAUGCUGGACCCUUUCAAGGGUCUCUCACUCAUCAAGAACCAGCUCAUGUUCAGAUCAGGUCUUGAAUUCGACGAGAUUCUUGAACUCGUCAAGACCCGUUGUUUCAGCCAACAUCUCAUCAUCACCAACGCAUCGGGGUCAUCGCAGUUCGGCCCACUGGUUGAGGGUCUCUUGCUUCUGUCAAAUGCAGCUGCUCCUCCCUACCAGCCUCUCACUGCUAAGCUUUCCUUUUCCCUACAGGCAUUCCUGCGGCUUCGGAAUAAACUAUCCUGGUCAAUUGUCGAUACGGAUGCUGCAAUCGUCGGGUUCCGUGACCUUGAGCUAUCGAUGGUGGUCAACACCCGUAGGACUGAAAAGUCCGUCCUUCCACAGCCCAUCGCCCCGGCCGUUGUCAAGAAGUCUGAGGAUGCUUCUAAGGACUCCGAUGAGAAGAGUAAACUCCAAAAAGAACCACCUCCAUUGUUUGAUCCCAACGAGGCACCUGUCUUCAAUUCGGCAGAAAUCGUCAGCAUCACUCCAUUUGUGGUGAGCGGCAUCGCGGCCCUUUCAAGACUGAGCAAGCUUUCCGGUAUCUCGACCACGGAGCUUCUCCCAAUCUGGACGCCGAUCAACACCUUUGGGGAUAAGUCCUUGUUUCAUCGCAAAUUCAUGACGAAACGCCUUCAGCAGAUUGACGACAUAUACUCCCCGUUCAUUGACACCCAAACGACACCACCAUCGGCAAAGUACUUGACUACCAAGGGUGUUCAAGAAGCUGUCGGAAACCACGCGAUCGGUAUUUGUGCGGCCUUGCAAUGGCCCAUGGAGCAUUUCGAUAAGCUCGUAGCUGCAUCUAGCUGUCGAGACCAGAACCUCGAUAUUGGCGUAUUCACUGCACUGUAUCGACACGCCAUCAUCUGUCGUAUCCUCUCUGUACCGCCCAACAGUUGUGAGGCAUUCUUCAAAGUCUUCUAUGCUCAUAGCAGCCCGGCUGUUCUGGCAGAUCCAAUGUACACUGUCGAUGUCAUUGAAGAUUGGAAAUUGCUUCUCAACUCUGGCUGGACUGUCGAGUCGUUGGUGAGCAUACUCGGCCAGAAAGGUCAGACGAAUACAGUUACCGAGACAAGGGAAACAAAAGAGGCCUGGUUCGCGGGACUUCGUCUGGCGCUCGACAUUUCGACGGGGGCUCAGAAAAUUGAACAAUCGAUUCCUUACACCCUGCCUGGCGCUGUCCUGAGCGCCUCGGAUGUGGUGGACUGUGCAUCCCGUGUUUUUGAUGCGUCCACGGCAAAGUCUGUGGUAGAUUUAGUCGAGAGUUCCGUGGCAGUACCCGACGCCAUCUGUCAAAAGUUCCCAUUGGCACAGAAGGUCUCUGAUGCCAUUGCGCUCCUAGAUCAAACGACACCUUCCAGCUCAACUAUAGAGACCGUAACACCAGCCUCGGGCGGGAGCAACGAGGGCAUGUCAACAGUUGAUGACGAUGCGAUUGCUGAUGCCAAAGCAACCGAGGACGCCAGACUGGCAGAGCAAGCCAGUCUCAACGCAACAAUACAGCUUCACCGCAGAAGAGCAGAAUUCAUCAAAGUAGCCUCCCCAGCCAUCACUGAAGCGCUGCAGAAGACCUUCCUCGUCGAUACGGUCAAGGUAUUGCUGCCAGACACGGAUCCGGUCAUCAUCCUUCCUCUUCUGGCGGAUAUUGUCAAGGUGCAAACAAUAGACGGCAAAUCUGAACAGGCGGCCAUUUCUGCCUUGCAGGAUCUCAAACACGCUCGCAACGACGUAUCGACAGCCGACAGGUUGGAUGCCUACUUUGCAGCACCCACGAGCGACAAUUUCACAUUGAAAUACACCGGUCCUAUUGACAAGGGUCAAGCACCGCCAACAUUGUCCGUGGAUGGCAUAGAUGUCCCUUAUGACCCCGAUGCCAAAUCAUUCACGCCAUUCCGCUUGACUGGUGGCAAAUACUACCGUCUCAAGGCAAGCUUCGGGGCAAAGGCAGUCACAUGGUCAACCCCCAAGUCCAGCUCGACAGCAUUCUCCGAUGAUGUCCUCAAGUCAGUCAGCAUCGCACGCCGCGCAGCGACAAUCAUCGAUGCCAUCAAGCGUAUCGCAAGUCUGUGCACGAUUGAACAGCUGAAGCCCGAGGAACUGCAGUACAUGAUCCUCAACCGCCACAAGGCCGGCCAGACACUAGUUGUCAAUUUCGAUGAUGUCAGAUUGGCUGACUUGACACGCCUGGUGAAAUUCCGCCAACUCCGUCAAUCAGUCACGGGCAACAUCGGCAGCCUCGCUUCAUUAGUGGGCUGGCUGGGCUCGGUCAUGUCUCCUACGCUGGAUGACAUCGCUACCAGGUUCGCGGAUGCCACUGGCUGGAAAAAGGCCUCCACUCUCGAAGCUUUGGAAGCCCAGUGCUCUGGCUUGCCAGCCGCAGACGUGCUGUCGAGCUUGAAAAGCUUUGAGGGGUUCUUGGGCUUUGCCGACAUCAUGUUAUUCAAUGACGAGUUGCAGAACGCGAGCUCUGGGGGAGUACUACCAAAGAUGUCUGUUUUGUUCGAUCUAGCUAAGCCCAAGACCACCCUGUCCUCUAGCAAGAGCGACUACGACAGAGCCAUUGCACUUCAGGACGGCCUUACCCCCUCUCAAAAGACGGACAUUGAUGUCGUCUUGACCCAAACACGUCGAAAAGUCCUGGUUGAGUACCUCUUACAGCAAGAGAAGGUUCGCGAUGAGCUCAAAAUCGUCAACGCCGAUGGCCUGUUCGAACUCUUCCUCAUCGACGUGCAGAUGGGACCCCAGCUACGCACGUCGCGGAUCAAACAAGCCAUCUCAGUGGUCCAGCUCUUUGUGCAGCGGUGUUUCCUAGGCAUCGAAGCCGACAUCGCCAAAGACAUGCUUCCACGCGAGAAGUGGACUUGGAUGCAACAUUACACUCUGUGGGAGGCGCAUCGUAAGAUGUUCCUGUACCCUGAGAACUGGCUCGAGCCGUCGCUGCGCGAUGACAAGAGUCAGCUGUUUGAGAAGCUGGAGACGAUUCUCAUGCAAAAGGAUCUGAGCGUCAGCACAUUUGUGAGGGCGGUGCAGGACUACUCAUACGAUCUGAACGGCAUCUCCAGUCUGGACAUUGUCUCGUAUCUUCAUGAACCGCAUCCGGGGGCAGAGGACAUCUUCCAUUUGUUCGGACGCACCCGCGUAGCUCCGCACACUUUUUACUACAGGACUCUAACGAUCUAUCACUCCGACAGUGCUGUGUUCUGGAAGCCGUGGAUCAAGAUGGAGAUCGACAUACCCUCUGUCGAGAAUGAUUGGGACUCAACGCGUCUGCAGGACAGCGGGGCAUAUCUGGUUCCGAUCUUCCAAGAAGGCAGGCUGUACAUAUUCUUCCCUCAGGUCAUCCUCAAGACUGUCAACACAAGCCAGCUGGCCGCUGGGCCUCAGUCACAAACAUGGACACAGAUGGGAGACGCUGGUGUGGCCGUUCAGGAGCCCAAACAGCAGUGGGAGGUCACCAUGGCAUGGAGCGAGCUUGUUAGAGGAACAUGGACCCCGAAGCGAGUCUCACCUGGUAGUCUCUUGGUCGACGCGCCAACAUCGGCGGCGCCGAAGGAUAAGCCUGUGGAACUACCUCCACAAGGUCGCCUGCCAUCUGCUUGGCAAUUUCGCCUGGACCCGAUCUUCGAGACCAAUCGUGUCAGGAUUGCUCUCAGCCAUGCACCCAAAGAGGCACACGCAGGACAGGUGGUUGGCUCCUUUGACUUUUCGACAGAUCAGGUCACCGCUUGCCAAACCACAGACAUCAAAGUCUCAUCCCAUGAAUUCUGCACGCAUUUCGGUAAGGUGACUGGGGACAAGUCCUCCUUGUUUGUACCAGGCGUAGAGGACAAGAAAAACGCGCCGCUCGUCUGGCUUCCUAGCAAGAUCAAGCAGUCCCAGUCAGACAUCAAGUGGACACUGUCCAAGUCUGCCGAACGGGUCACUGGACUGGUCAUGAACGUGAAGCAAGCAGACGGGUCCAGUGUCAGCUACUUCAAUGUGCCAGAGAAAGACCUCUUGUCCACGUCCUGGACGCAGGAAAUGAUUUCCAGCAACAUGGCACUUACUCCCAUGGACCAUCCUUUCUCCCAAAGCCUCAUGCAGGCUGCCGUGAAUCGUGCUGAUCCCCUCAAGAGCAUCUACGAUACCAUGGCAGCCAUUCCAGCCGGGCAGUUAGGUACCAGCUUCGGCUUGGUCGGUGGUGACACCUUCUACCACGAGCUUGCGACCCCGUCUGCACUCUACAACUGGGAGCUUGGCGUCCACGCUGUCAUGCUCGCGACCGAUCGUUUCCUCGCAACGCAGCAAUACGACGAUGCGCUGCAGAUUGCCCGCCUCCUCUUCGAUCCGACUGUUGACACCAAGGUGCAACGAGAUCAGAGCGACCCCAAAACAGGAAAAACGGGCAAUGAUGUGACGAAAUCAGCCUGGCGAUUCCCACCUUUCCAGGACAUCAGUGAGAGGAUUGGCAAGGCCGGCGACACGAGCCCUAAUCUGAAGAAGCUGGCAGAAGAGAUCGAGCUCGCGAUCAAGGAGCGUCGCUCAUUCGGCCAACUCGUUCACGCCGCCGCCCGCGGUCGACCACAGGCGUACAUGAAGUGGAUUGUCAUGAAGUACGCCGAGAUCCUUUUGGCAGCUGGAGAUGACUGCUUCCGACAAGGCACACUGGAGAAACUGCCCCUGGCUAUCCAGCGCUACACCGAGGCCGCGCAUGUCCUCGGUCCUGAGCCGAUCAAGGGCCUCAAGCUGGGACGAAAGGCGCCCAAGUGCUUCGAGGACAUUAUCGACGACGAGGUCCGGAUCAAUCUCUCCUUGCCAUUCUCAGCGCAGCUGAAGAGGAUCAAAGAUUCUGGUAAAGGCUCGGCCACGUCGGCCGAGCUUGAUGCCCGGAAAGAAGCCCUGCGGUCCUUCAUCAUGACCCCCUACUUCUCCGUGCCCUUGAAUCCCAAGUUCAAAAAGUUGCGGAGUCUGGUCCAUGAGCGUCUCUACAACAUCCGCAACUCGCUCGACAUCAACGGAAAUCCUGUCACAUACGCGCUCCGAGAACCACCGAUUGACCCAGCUGCCCUUGUAGCUCUUGGUGCUGGGCUCGGCGGCUCAAUCAGUGAUACGGCUAGUGCCGCCUUGGGCAACCAGAACGGACCACUCCCACGAUACCGUUUCGAGAUGCGAUUGCAAAAAGCCCUUGAGCUCUGCAGCGAGCUGCGCUCCAUGGCAGAACGAAUCAUGACGGCAGUGGAAAAGAAGGAAGCCGACGAGUUCAGCGCCAUGCGUGCACGCAAUGCGUCCGUCAUCCAGUCCCUGAUGCUCGACAUGAAGCGGACAUCAUUGAGCGAAGCGAAGCAAACGAUGGACUCACUGCAGCUCUCAAGAGACUCCCAGGCCGCACAGCUGUCGUUCUACCUCGCUACUAUGGGAGAAACAACAUCGACUGGUCCCAAAGCAUACGAAGAUUGGAUCGACAUUGAGCAGGAUAUUGGCCCCGUUACACAAGACGACCUGCGCAUGUCAGUGUACGAGAAGACCGAAAUGGACCUUUCUGGCGCAGCGGCAGGACUAAACAUUAUCGCUGCGGGUAUAGACCACACCGCCUCCAUGUUCGCAUGGCUGCCCAGCAUCUCUGGCAACGUGGCACCUUUGGGUAUCGGCUGUAGUGUCUCAGCCGGCGGAUCCACCAUCUCUGGCGCGAUCCAAAUUGAUGCCAUGUCCAUGAAGGCAGACGCGAUGAUCGUGAGCGAGGCCAGCAACGAGGCAGCCCGCAAGGGCCGCAUGGUCAAGCAGCUCCAGGAACGACGAUUACAAGCCAACAUCCGCGGCCGCGAGAUUCGGUCCACAGACCAGCAGAUGCUCAUCCAGCGCACACGCAUCGCUGCAGCGGAACAAGACAUAAACACCCAACUCGCUUCGAUGCAAGAUGCCGCGCAGGCCGAAGCAUACUACCGCACAAAAUACACCAGCCAACAACUCUACGCCUGGAUGGAAAAGGAACUCCGCGGUCUCUACUUCCAAGCCUACACUCUCGCCGCCGCAGCGGCCCAACAAGCCGUCGCAGCACUCAGUUUCGAGCAAGGCCGACCCGUUGGAAUGUUGCGGCCAGCUGGAUACUGGAACGCCUCUAGAGACGGCUUACUCGCCGCUGAUAACCUUUACAUGGACCUCAAACGUCUCGAGGCGAUUCAUCUCGAGGGCAGGAGAUCAGACUACGAGGUCACCAAAACCAUCUCGCUGCGCCAGCUCGACCCCCUUGCCCUGCUGCGCUUGCGCAUCACGGGCGUGGCGGAAUUCUCGAUCCCAGAGGUGCAGUACGACAUGGACUUUCCCGGACACUACAUGCGCCGGAUCCGGUCCGUCGCCGUCUCCAUUCCCGCGGUUAUUGGGCCUACUACUGGUUUGAACGCGACGCUUACGCUGACGCAACAUCAGUAUCGCGUCAGCCCUUUGGCGGGUGGAGGAACGGCGAAGGACUACCUUUCCACCACGGCUGAUGCGUUCCGGAGCGAUGCGGUGCCUGUGUCUUCGGUGGCUAUUAGCUCGGGGACUAAUGAUGCUGGUGUCUUUGAGCUUGACUACACUAGUACGGGGAAGUAUAUGCCCUUUGAGGGAGCGGGUGCCAUUUCAUCUUGGAGGCUGAGGCUUCCUAGUCAAAUGCGGAGGUUUGAUUAUGAGUCCAUUAGCGAUGUGUUGUUGCACGUUCAGUACACUUCGCUUGAUGGUGGGGAGUUGUUGAAGUCGGCGGCUGAAAGUGCUGUGAAAUCGAUGAUCGCUGGGGUAGAGAGUGAGGGCCGGACGCGUGGGUUCUUUGCCAUGUUUGAUCUAAGGAAUGACUUUGUGAAUGCUUGGCAUAGCUUUCAGACGGGCAUGCUUGCUUCGAGCAGGGUGGGGGGAAAGGCUAGUGGAACUUUGCAAUUGGAUGGUGGUGGCGGCGGUGUUAAGGGGGGCUUGAAGAGUCGCUUGCCGCACUGGUCGAGGAGUCAGCCUCGGCUUGUGGUCAAAACGGUGAUGCUGGCUUGUAGGAAUGCCAAACUUGUGCGCGGCAUGACUAUACCUGAUGUGGUGGGCGAACAGCCCACUGUCGAUGAGACUCGGAUAGGGACUGGCAGUACUUCUGUCAUGCUGAGGACUUUCGGAGAGCUUUCGGUGGAUAACUUGGACGGCUGGACUCUGAAGGCGAGUGGCGUGCCGCUUGGGGAUAAAGUGGAUCGUUUGGAUAAUAUUUACAUGCUUAUUGAGUAUGUAUUCGGCUGA